AUGAAUAAUACUAGAAAGGUUCCAGGUAAUUCUAACAAACCUUCAUCGUCAACAUCUACUUCAUCGAUAAAGAAAAAAGACACUGACAAAAAGUUGUUGCAACAACAGAAACCAACAACAACAACAACUGGUACAAAACCAAAUCUUCCAAUCCUUACUAUUCCUAAAUUUAAAUCACCUCCCUCUACACCUCAAAAACCAACAACAAACAUCAAGGAGAGUAUCACCAAUCCUAAUACAAAAUCAAACAAAAAUCAAGCUCCGAUUAAUAGCCUCAAUCAGCAACAGAGAGAGUAUGAUGCAAUGGGUAGUGGAAAGCCGUCUAAAAUUCCUAAGCCUUCCAAAACCUUCAUAGAUUCAUCACCACUGGUCAAUAAGAAACUUAGAUUUGAACCUAAAACCAACAAUGAUGAUUCAAUUUUCAAAGGAAGUAGAAUACCUCGCCCAAAAGCUCAAACAUUUAUUCACCAACCUCCAUCCUCACCUAGAAACAUAAACCCUCAACCAACGACCUCAAGAAACAACUCCGAAAGAAACCUCUUAAAUCAUUUACCUUCUCCGUUUACCACCUCCAUAUCAUCAACUUCUAAUCAAGCCUUUUAUUUAGUAUCACCUAGACAUCAUCAUUCCAUAUUGUUACCAGCAUCACCUUCUCAUACUAUUAGACAAACAUUUACUAGCAAUAAUAGUUCAUCUAAUUAUCAUUCUAAAAAUCUUGACAAAAUUGAUGACUUUUCCUUUAUGGAUGAUGUUUCAACUAUGAAAUUGUUUGAUGAUGAUGAAUUAGUAUUCAAGUUACGUCAACCAACAGAAACCGUUCACAAUGAUCGUUAUGAAACAUUGGUGAAUCAACCGUUAAUCAUUGAAACACCUUCACCAAAAGACCUGUCUAAUAGCGAAGCUUCAACGUCACCCAUCAAAAAAACACCUCCAACGUCUCCACUACUUUUGCUAUCACCAAAGAAGAACGAUAGUGAAACUAAACCACUCUAUUCAAUAGAUCAUCAUCAUCAUCAUACACUUGAUUUUAUAGAACCUAUUCAUUUAACGCCACUUUCAGAUAUUAUGGUUUCGGAGACUUUGAAUUUAGUAUCUGAUGAUGAUCAUCAAGAAGUAAAUAUUAUUAAUCAUCAUCACAAUGAUAUUGCAACCAAUAAUAAUAAUAAUAGUAAUACAAAUACAACAAUAACAUUAAAUAAUACUACUCAUGAUGGAGUAAUAUUAAUAACAGAUUUACCAAUUUAUAUGGAAAUUUAUAAUUAUGCAAAGGAAGGAAAGGAAUUGGACCUCUUUAAGAAAUUAAUUCACUUUAGCCAGUUAUCUCAACUUUUAGAUAAUAAUUCGAGUAAUAAUAGUAGUACAAGUAGUAUUACUAUUGUUAAUAAUAAUAAUAAUAUUAAUAUAACAUCUACUACUACUACUAGUAAUGGCAGCAACAGCAAUGUUAAUGUUGAUGAUAAUAACAAUACUGAAUUGUCUGAUGAAGUUUAUAAAAAAGCCUAUCAAAAGUUCCUUUCUAGAGGAGUUUUUGCCAAGUUAAUAGUCAAGGAAGAAAUAUUAACAUUAAAUAGUAUUGAACCGGAAAGUGGUAAUACAGCACUUCAUGCAGCUAUUAAUGGAGAUCAUAUAGGUACAUCAAGUUUAUUAUGUAAAUGUAAAAGAAUGAUUAAUCAAAAUAAUGAUAGACAAAAUGUUGAUCUUGAGUUUUUGAAUAUUGAUCAAUAUAAUAAGAGGAAAGAAACACCUCUUCAUAUUUCUGUUUUAAAGAAUUUUGCCAAUGUAGCCCAUUUACUCUUACAAAAUGGUAGUAAAGCAUUUGAAUUAACGGAUGCAAAUGGAAAUACAGCAUUACAAUUAGCUGCAAUUUAUGAAAGAGAAGCAAUUUCACAUUCAAUAUGUGAACAUGGAGGUGAUGUCUGUAUAAUGUACGAUGAUAAAAUUGAAAGAAUUGUUACAGAAGAUAAAACGUUAGAAGGCAAAACAUUUGAUAGAUUUGGAUUUCCAGUUACAAAUUUACAAAACAAAUGGACAAUUUCAACAAACCAUGGUAAAAUAACCGAAUAUGUAUCAAUAGAUAUUGUAAAACAGCCAACACUCUAUAACGAAUUGCAUAAAAGAAGAAUUAAAGAAGAAUCACGUUUAAAGAAAUGGAAAGAAAUGUUAAAAGAAAUUAGAGAACAUCAUGAAAAGGGAGAUGAUUUAUAUUUACCAAAGAAAUUUAAAGAGAGAGUGAGAAAGGGUAUUCCAAAUGAAGUACGUGGUGAAGCAUGGUUCUAUUUAACACGUGCUCACAUUUUAAAAAAACAAAAUUCAAAACUCUAUUCAGAUCUUAAGCAAAGACCAUUGACAAUGAAAGAUUCAAAACAAAUUGAUGUUGAUAUUAAGAGAGAAUUUCGUGAACAUCGUUUGUUUGCUCACAGAUAUGGAAAAUAUCAAGUUAUAUUAUUUAAUAUAUUAAGAGCAUAUUGUAAUUAUAAUGUUAAAUUAGGAUAUACACAAGGAAUGUCAUCAAUAGCAGCAAUGUUAUUAAUGUAUUUAAAUGAAGAAGAUGCAUUUUGGGUAUUUUGUUCAAUUAUGGAAGGUCAAAAUUACAAUAUGCAAGAAAUGUAUUUUGCAGGAUUACCAGGUGUUUAUAAGGCAACAUUUGUUUUAACAAAUAUUUUAUCUAAAAAAAUGAAAAAAUUCAUGAAAGCAUUUGAAAAUGAAGAUGGAAUUGGAUUUAAUUCAUUUUGUACAAGAUGGUAUAUGUUAAAUAUGUUAACUCAAAUUCAUUUUGAUAUUGCUGUAUUAAUAUGGGAUUUAUAUUUAUCUGAAGGAAAUAAGGUUAUUCAUAGCGUUAGUAUGGCCUUUAUUAGAAUUUUUAAAAAGAAUUUAUUCAAAUUGAAAUAUGAUGGUAUUGUUCAAACUUUAUCAAAAUUAUUGGAUGUUGAUUUUGAUUUGGAAAGAUUUAUGAGAAAAAUACUCGUUUCUAAAAUUAAAGAAAAAACAAUACGAGGUUUAGAAACUGAAUACGAUAAAAAACAUUAA